CAUGUUCAAAAGACGCAAGACACAUCACCUUUAAGAAAACAUCUCUGCAUUCAUCAUCCAUAACUGCUUAUCCAGUAGAGGGUUGCAGUGUUUGCUUGGAACCAACCCAGGAAGCCCAGGGCACAAGGCAGAGAUACACCCUGGAAAGGACGCCAGCCAGUUGCAGGGUCUUAUAAGACAACAGCACUAUGCUGUUUCAUUUUGCUGUUGCUUUGUGACAGAGAAAUGAAUAUUUCACUAGAGCUGGAAACAUACCAGUACUGCUAUCCAGCAGCUAAUGGGACGUGUGUUAAAAGUAGCUACUAUGGAUUUGCCAGGUUUGUCGUGUACAUGAUUAUUGCAUCGGGGAUAACCAUGACCAUCACGGGGAACCUGGUGGUCAUCAUCUCCAUCGCGCACUUCAAGCAGCUGCACACACCGACCAACAUGCUGGUGAUGUCACUGGCCCUGGCCGACCUGCUUCUGGGGGCUGUCGUGAUGCCCUUCAGCAUGAUCAGAUCGGUGGAGGGCUGCUGGUACUUUGGAGAUACUUUCUGCUCGUUGCACUCCACUGUUGACACGAUCCUUACAGGUGCUUCAAUCUUUCACCUGAUUUCCAUUGCAGUUGAUCGAUACCAGGCAGUUUGCAAUCCUCUGCGGUACCAUAACACAGUGACCAUUCCUGUGGCUUGGCUUAUGGUAGCAUUGAGUUGGGCUGCAGCUGUUUCAUACUCUUGCGCUCUCCUUUAUUCUAAGGCUAAUGUGAUGGGCCUAGAUGAAUACAUCACUUCCAUUAAUUGCUUGGGGAGUUGCAUCCUUCUGUUCAAUGCACUGUGGGGUACCCUACACACUCUGGUUGGAUUUUUCCUGCCAUGUUCGGUAAUGAUUGGCCUUUAUGCUAAAAUAUUUCUAGUAGCCAGACAACAUGUCAGGCAGCUUGAAGGUACAAGUCAGCAGCCAUGUUUUACAGAGGGACAUGGCAACAGGAAAUCUCACAGCUCAGAGCGAAAGGCUGCAAAGACCCUUGGCAUUGUUGUAGGUGCCUUCAUACUCUGCUGGAUGCCUUUCUUUGUUAUCUCUAUACUCGACCCCUAUUUUGACUUUGCAACUCCUCCUGUUCUUUAUGAAGGGUUUUUCUGGGUGGGUUAUUUUAAUUCUGCGUUAAAUCCUAUAAUAUACGGACUGUUUUAUCCGUGGUUUCAAAGGUCAUUGAAACUCAUUAUAUCUUUAAAGAUUUUUGCCGCACAUUCCUCAAAUACAAACGUUUUCCCUGAAAGUUGAUUUUUCAUAGAUUCACCACAUAUUUCAGUCUCAUAUUACCAUAAAACACACAUGAUGUACUUAAUGUCCUGUUUAAAAAAAGCAGAAAUAGCUCUUUGAUUUUUUAAAUUUUAUUUUAUUUUUCAUUUUAACUCAAUUUGUUUUUGAAAACAUUACACAAUACAGUGAAGUCAGUCUUAUCUCUCAAGCACUUCGAAAAAUGUUUGUUAAUGGAAUUCUGUGUUAUGCACCUUAACAAUAAUUUAAAAUUUUUCCUGCACUCUAAAGUGCACAGACUGUCACUUAGCUAAGUGCCACUAAGCUGAGCCUAAAUUAACAUAGAAAACAAAGCGAAUCCCCAGCACUGAGGAAGUCACACUAGAGGCCUACAGCCAUAAUAAGAGCAGACUAAUGAAUUAUUUAACUUUUGAUUGCAGUAAACCGAGAAUUCCAAGUCAGCAUUUAGUGGAAUUCAAGGGUUGGAAAGUUACACCCAUGAUGUCGUGGUUCCUUGUCAGUCCUUCACCUACAUCACCUGACCUCUGUCCUUCUCAGUUUAUUUUUUCGUAAGUCUCUUAAUAAAUGAAAACUACAGUCAGAUUUCAUGUUUUACCUUCGCUAGGCCUUCAGACCUUCAGUACCACGAGCUUCUCUAAUAGCUCACCCCCCAUGAAGGAUGUACACAGAGAAACUCCCCACACUCAUUUCUGCCUCUCUGCACCUGGUCCUACCUUCCCUGCUCUCAGCACAUGCAAGAGGUCAGGCUGUAGCAUCACCUGCGCUCUGUGUAAUCUCUGUAUUGCCACCUUUGAUUGGGAGGCAGCUUGCUGCUAACUGGGCCCUUUGCUUCUGACGUUUACAUCACGCUUAGGUAAUACAGCAGCCCCCCCCCCCCAAGACUGGAGUGAGGUCGUCUCAGCAUAUUAAUCACACACUCGGUCUUUCUUCCUCUAAACAGUCACAGUGGGAAUCGUAGAGCGAAAGAUAAAACGUCCAUAGUAUUUGCUGACUUCUAAUGUUACCCAGUCAGAUCCUAUGAAAUGUACCUUAACCAUCUUCCUGGUGUCAUAAAAGGUAUGAAAUACAUUACAACACAGAAAAUGAAGUAGUAAUGAAGUACUUUAGCGUAUCUUCAGCUUCUGUGGCUUUAUUCCGACUUCACACAUCAAAUCAGAAAUAUUACAGGCUAAACUGAACCUGGCAACCCGGCUUCUUGUUCAUAUAAUCUGGUAACAUGACAGCAGUAUGACUCAUAUAUGUGUAUUUCACAGAUUUAUUUAGAAUAUUGUAUUUAAUCAGAAAAGAAAAUAUCCUUCUUUGAUCUGUAUGUUAUUCGUUAUCUCAUAAUGAGCAAAAUGGUUUGUGGUGGUAUGAUUACUGUGGUUUGAUUACUCUGCCAGACAGAGCUCUGAUGGUCUGGUAUGAUUACUGUGAUAUAAUUACUCUGCCAGCCAGAGCUCUGAUGGUAUAAGUAGAAUAUUAAAGACCAUUGUUGUCACACCACAAAGAAACGUGUCCUCUGCAUUUCAGGCAUAUGUGACAUAACAGGCAGCAGCUAAUUCGGCACCCAGGAAGCAAAGCUUGGGGACGGUACCUUGCUCAGAAUACUUUAGUGAUACCUUGCUGGUCAGGGGUUCAAACCAGCAAUAUUUCAAUUACAGGAGCACUUCCCUAACCAUCAGGCCACCACUGCCCCAGUCAUACAGUGGUAUGAUUACUCUGCUAGCCAGUCCUGACUGGGAUUAAAACUCAGCCCUGGACAUUGGGGUCCCCCAUGAUAAAUUUUGCCAGCACACAUACCCACUGGGCCAUCAGGAAAAUACCCAGUAUGCCAGACGGCCUGUCCAGCUCUGCUCCCAGUCGUGGUCUCAGGUUCCGAACCCGCUAAGCUGCACUCUGCACUCGGAUAACUGGCAUCCCUGUAUUGCCAGCAGUGCAUGACUGUGUAUGUGCCCUGUAAUGAACUCACAUCCCGCCCAGAGUGUACCCCAGCCUUGUGCAUGCGCUGCCUGCGAUAGGCUCCAGGCCCCUGGUGACCCUGACCAGGAGUGUGGAAGAUAGAUUAAUGAUUAUUUAGCU